AUAGAACAGAACUGUACGGAAGCUGUGAGCAGCCAAACCUGACAGAUCUUCCGAAACAGAAAAUGGCAUCUGCGGCAGUGACAAGCGAGAGCCAAGCGUCGGAUGCAGAUCAGCCCAAACUUUCCGAUUUAAUAGACAACGGGUGGAAGCUCUAUGAAGAAGUGGAAAGCACGAACGAGCCGACCUCAUCCCUCCCGGUCCAAGUUAAAAUCAAGCGCGCUGUCUCCAAGUUAGAGGAGGCGACGCGGAUGGUCGCCCAGCUCGACUUGUUCAGUCGAAAUGAAGAGCUGGAGGAAGUCGCCACGGCAGACCUGAAGUACGUGCUGCUGCCCGCUCUCCUGGGCGCACUCACGAUGAAAGAGACAAACCCAUCCAAGCGUCUGGAGCAGGUGCAGAAGGCCAGGGUUUACUUCCUGGACUUCUUAAAACGCUGCAAAGAGUAUAACAUCAUGAAGUUCGAGCUCCCGAAACCAACGCAGAGCCCCGAAGAAAACAGUGAAACAGGGGAGGAUUCGAGCAGCGGGGCUGCUGCCAUGCCCCCUAACCCCCCUGACCUGGUGGCUAUGGCAGUACACAGAAAUGCCAAGAUAGAAAGAUAUAAUCAGAAGAAGGAGACAGAAGCCAAACUGUCAGAGAUCAGAGUGGCAGUGGACAGCGGGCAGGCGGAGGAUGAAGUGGUGCGAGACUUCUACCUGCUGAAUGCACGCAGGUGGGUUACCAUCGCACUGGAGGAGAUCGAGAGCAUCGACCAGGAGGUGCAGAUCCUCAAGAAGAUGGGCUCCCUGAAGAAGGACUCUGCACACUCAUCUAGACAGCAGCAGAGGCCGCCAAUGAAACCAUUCAUUCUCACAAAAGAUGCUGUCCAGGCCAGAGUAUUCGGAGCAGGCUAUCCAAGCCUCCCGACCAUGACUGUGAAUGACUGGUAUGAGCAGCACAGAAGACAAGGAGCUCUCCCAGACCAGGGGAUCCCAAAGAGUGCAGCUGACCUUGAUAACGAGGAGCGUGAGGAGGAGGAGAAAGAGAGACAGAUAGGAAACGAUAAUGAGGAAGCAUUGCAGAGAGCUCGGGACUGGGACAACUGGAAAGACACGCACAGGAGAGGCUGCGGCAACAGGAAGAACAUGGGCUAGCAAUCUCGCUGCCUGCUGGACUCUUAGUGCUACAGAAAUAAACUGCUCCUGCUGGCUUCAUGUGCAGCGGGGAUGAGCGUCUGUUACCUGCAUUUGACACAUAAAUAACCCCGAGCUGCAAACUGAUUGGCCGGUGUUUCAGCUGGGUUGAAGGGGAGGGGUGAGGCUGGGGAUUCAGAAUGCAGAAAUAGCUAUUGAUUAUGUGAAUUGAUUAUUCAGGUCUCAACUUUAAACUGUGAGGGUCACAGAUAUAACAUGCCUGGUUCUUGAUUCUGUUUUCAAAGGCAUCUUUAGUAUAAAUUGGAGAUUUGCCUGUAAGAAUUGCUGAAAAGCACUGCAUAAAAAAAUAUUUAAAAGCUGUCAUUUAAAUUUGAUUCCUUGAGAUGUGCUCCUGUCCUACAAGUAAGCUUGGGACAAAUGCAGUAUUAUACAGUAAUAGCAUAUUUAAGGGCAGAUUGAGGCAUGUUUAGACUGUGACUUUGUUUCCUGCUGUUUUAAGAUUAUUCAGCCAAAUGAAACCUAGACAAAUCCCCUGUGUUUGAGGAAGAUGCAUUAAUGCAUUAGUUAGACCUCCAACUGACCUAAAUAGUGGAGAAUCCAAGUGUCCUCAAUGCUUAAACCAAGAUAGGACACUGGAGUUUUGCAGCAUUUUCACUAAACAGAUGCACAUGGGCUGUCAGAUGUUUGAUUGUUCUGAACUGACCCUUAUAAAAGUUCCACAUUAUAAAAGCAUAGCAAAGUGUAAUAAAGCAUGCAUCGAAUGUGAAACUGGGAAGGAGGGUGAUGUCAUCCCAAUUAAUUAAAAUAAAUAUCUGGAAUUUGUAUUAAUUGAAUGAAAUUAUUAUCCAGUGGUGAGGUGCAGCUAGCCCCUGUAAAAUGAAAUUUGAGUCAAGUGAAUUUCAGCAUGUCCAGCUCUAGAAACAAUUUCUUUAUUUUAUUGCACCAUGCAGCGAGCUGCUAAUGCAGUCACUUCAGAAUUCUUGAGGUAUUCCAGCACAUACUGUAGUCUUUAAAAACGUAAUGUACGUCAACAACAGGCAAGUGGAGCUGGCAGUUUGAGGUUUGGAUUGUAAAAGUGUGUUUAGGGCAUGAGAACCCACUGCUAAAGUUCAUAUGUAUUGACCAUUGUUAAGGUCAAUGAUUGCGUGGCAUUGAAAAAGCCCAGGCACUGCUGUGUCGGCACUGAAGUGAAUGUCGUGGAAUUUGUACCAGUGAGGAUCUGUUAGUAACUAAAAAUCUGCAUCUUGAGUAUCUUCAAGUACAUUCAGUUCAUAGCCACUGAUAAUCUUCAUUGGAAUUGGGUGGAGUUAAAGCCAAAACUUUCUUUUUUUUUUUUUUUUUUUUCUGCAGAAGCUAAGCUACAGAAUUGUGGAUGCUUGUAAGAGUACGAAUUGUUUGAAUUUAUUUUUUGUUGUUUUUUUUUUUUAUAUAAAUAUAUUUAAGGCAGACCUGUGUAGUGUUUUACAAUAUGUUGU